AUGGAGGAGCAUGUCGUCAGAUUAGCCCAUGCGUUGCCUGAAUGUGCAUCGGCCGUGCGAGCAGUUGAGGCGAUGGCGACGGGUCUGUGUUUAUGUUCCUGGCAAUGGUUUGUCGACUUCUGUGCGAUGGAUUUCCAGGUGGCCGACUAGGCCGAUGCGUGAUGUGCAUGUGCAGUGGCUUUCUGGUCAGAAUCGGCUUGGAGGUUCAGAUACCUGAUCUAAAGGUAUGGCCGCAAUGAGGACUUUAAAGAUUGACGUGGGACCCACACUAAACACACACGCCCAUGUACAAGAUACCCUUGUCUGGUUUAGCCCUCCUGUCGUGGUGAUUAUUGGGGUAUGGCCGUUAGGCAGAGCCAAAGCGUCCGUCACCGUUUAUGAGAGCAGAUGAUGUGUUGGCUCGGCGACAUUGGAAGUAUUCUAUGAAAACGGCUUGAAUGCGGUGGAUGAUGGGCACAUUUCUCUAUAAAUAUUAUGAAAAAACAGGUUGAUAGCGAGGAGCGAUCAACGCAUCUCACACUCUGUCAGAAUAUUAAUGUCCGUUCAGAAGCCAUGGAAUAGCAUAUAUUUCAAUCCCAGGUGAAGCGUUCAUCUUUCGAUUUUCAGAAAGCAGAUUUGCUAGGCUGUAGGAAGGUGAGUCGUGCAGACAACGAACCGGUACUAUUUGAAUUUCUUUUUUAACGACCAUUGAUGGAGCGUUUUACGGUUGUUCCAAGCAUUUGGAAUCGCCUUUGUUUAACUCAAGUGUUUUUUUUAGAAACCGUUGAUGUCUGUCAGAGUCAGAGGUCUUGGGAUAAAAGCGUCCAUGAAACCAUAAAAGACGAACACAUUUGUGGGCUUUUCGCAAGCUCAGUAUCUGUCAAUCUGCUUCCAGUGCAUAGACUUAUUUUGCAAUUGUAGGAUAAACGUGAUCCAGAAGGAUGAAAGCGAUAGCGAGGACUCUGAGGCUAGCUCGAAGGCGGAAGAAAUUGACCUUCCAGAGCCCGAGACCGGACCCCCAUUACUGACGCCGAUAGCAGAAGACCAGGAUCCCAGUGGAAUACCUCCAUGGUCUGCCAAACUGACCUCCUCUCGUCUUCCGCAAUUUGCCAUGGCUGUGCUCUCCUCCAACCUCUGGCCAGGCGCUUAUGCUAUUGGAUUUGAACAGUGAGUAUUUGUCGAAUUCGCCGUUCCUUCCGGACUUGGUUAAUAGGCUAUAAGCGGCUCCCUUGACACUGUCCUGCAAAAGUUGCUGGGGAUGUGUCAAUCACUCAGAUCGGAUCCACCCAAUCCUUACUUGUUAUCGACGGGACGCUGUCAGACGGGGUACUGCGAGCGGCUGCCCCAGCAGAUAAGAUUCACAUCCUCACUGUCAAGAAAAUCGACGUGAGAGAGCAAAAAUGACUUUUCUAUGACAUUCUGCGACAAGGAAACCAACUGACCUUGCUUGAAAUCCUCGGCUUCUAGGGACGGCUCUCUCAACAAUUUGAUCAAAAGGUGACAACGGACUAAGUUGCACCCAUCUACUCUGGUUGUCAGACGUGCGGUGGCGGGCUUUGGUCAGGAGUUUCCACAAAGAGCUUAGGGUUGAUGUUUGGCUGACUGGUGAGAUCCAAUCACCCAGAAACGUCCUUUCUGGUAUCUCCUGUCUCAUAAAUUUAUGUUUCUUAGCAGCAUAUUCCAGUCUGUGCAUUAGUUACGCAGUACGGGGUAUGUCGGCUGUUUGAGAAAAACAAAAUAUUUGGUAGAGAUGCCGACAUACACUCAUUAAAUUCAGUACACAUGUUCCCGCAUAUACAACGUAAAAGAUAUUUCAGCAAAACCGUCUUUCGCCUUAAUUACAGCAUCGAUGCAUCUUCUGAAAUGACUAUACACACUGAUUGAGCACGUCAGUUGUCAGGUUUGCCAUGAUCGUAAAAAAUGUUGACCGGGUGCUUUUGCAGGCUGCAUGAGAAGGAUCAAGAUCACGCUACUCCUGACAUUGAGCCGCCAAGCUCGCCUGAUAUCAACCCUUUUGCCACCGUUGAGCGCCGUUUAGGCUGUUUCACCCAGCAAACUUCCUGAGCUUAAAAUUGUGUGACAUUUGUUCCAUAAAUUAUGCGUUUAUGUAGAUGAAAGCCGCAGUCUUACAAACAAUAAACCAAACAAAAGAAGUUACAGCGCAUAGUACAACAGAAAUGGCUUGUUGUGUUUACCUCUUGGUCUAUCCUAUGUGGAAGUUGCAUCAACAUUCGUAUGUGGAGUUUAUGGUCGUGAUAAUUUAGAACUACCAGUUCGGCCUCUGAUCCAACAACAUAUGUGUAUUGCAUAUGGUAACCCGCGUCCAAAGACCCACUUUAUGAUUCAUCGCAGUCGCAUUGUAAGUUUAUACUUUUCUUCACAGAGGCUAGCUGGCUUACUUGGCAUUUGCGAACACCAGAAAAACUCCUGCCCUAUCUCUUACGCCAUUCUGAAUUGUCCUCUUCCAUGAUGCUCUAUCACAAAACUGCUUGCUUAUACUUCUGUUUCGUUUUUACAGGAGCUUUUUGAAUUUCUACAUUGGCUGGGGACAGAAGUAUAUUAUUUCAAACUUUGAGCCCGCACUUCACCCAGACGUGAUGGAGGAGUUUCCCUCUGGACCUGAAACCACAGAAAUGGAAGACCCUACAGCAGACGAAGAAGAGGCCUGGAAGGCCGCUCAUGCGGAGUUGGGUGGCGGCUCGAAAGAGGACUCCGGUUCAAACAGUGAUGAGGGAAACGAUGAGGGCGACGACUGGGCUGAUGAGGACGCCUAA